AUGGACGAUACGAAUGGACAAGUAGUAGCUGGUGGUCAUGGUCAAGGAAAUCGAUUGGAUCAAUUGAAUUGUCCAACCGAUGUAUUGAUUGACAAAGAGACAGAUAGUCUCAUUAUUUGUGAUCGGUGGAAUCGACGAGUCGUACGAUGGUCUCGUCGUAGUGGUACAACUCAAGGAGAAAUUCUCAUCGACAAUAUCUGGUGUGAUGGAUUGGCCAUGGAUGAUCAGAGAUAUCUCUAUAUCUCUGACUACAUGAAACAUGAAGUAAGACGGUAUCAAAUAGGAGACAAGAAUGGAACUCUUGUGGCUGGUGGCAAUGGCAAAGGUGCUGGUCUCAAUCAACUCAACUUUCCGACCUACAUCUUUGUCGAUCAACAACAGACUGUCUACGUGUCAGACUACGACAAUCAUCGUGUGAUGAAAUGGAAUAAAGGUGCAAAAGAAGGAAUUGUCGUCGCUGGAGGUCAAGGCAAAGGGGAUGAUCUGAAACAAUUGUCGCAUCCUUACGGACUAUUCGUCGAUACAUUGGGUACCAUCUAUGUGACAGACUCGUGGAAUCAUCGAGUGAUGCGUUGGCCCAAAGGAGCGAAACAGGGCACUAUCAUUGUAGGUGGAAAUGGCUACGGAGAAGGAGCAAAUCAGUUCAAGUAUCCCGAUGAUUUGUCCUUCGAUCGACAUGGCAGUCUCUAUGUCGUCGAUUGGGAGAAUCAUCGUGUUCAACGCUUUUCAAUUGAAUAG